CCCCCCCGCAAAGCUACCUUUCCAGCUGCAGGGAGGAAGGAAGGAAGUGUGAAGCGCCCGGAAAUAGAAGGCGUCGCAAAAUAAAAGCCAAAAGCGCUCCUAUGAAUUCAUUUCACAGGGUUUAUUUGCAACUGCUGUAUAGUGGAGUUUGUUGUCUGGCUCAAGGCUAUGGAAUUCUGGGAGUUGGAGUUUGUUGUGGGUCCAGAGCCGAGCAGAGAUCUGGACCCCAGAACAAACUCCAACUCCCAGAAUUCCAUAGCCUUGAGUCAGACAACAAGUUAAAGCGGUGCCAAGCCGGGUUAUCUCUCCAGGAUCCAUCCUCAACCUCCUACUGUAUUUGCAGAGCAUAGGAAGCCAAGCCAGACACAGUGCUACUCAAUGAGCUUCUUAGCCAUGCUCAAAAUGGCGGACAACUUGGAAGAAAAUGGCAUCCCGGGACCGUGUGGCUCAAGCCAAGUCGCGGGCGGAGCGCUCCCGUCCGCCCACGGUGCCCGUCCCCCAGAUAGAAAUCAUCCCUGGGCGCCUCACCGAAGGCGACUGGCUCUCUAUGCUCAGUUUCGAGGAGGCCGAGGACAGCGUGGGUGAAAUUUUGGCUGGCAUGCUGGACCAGGUCAUGGAUGAAUGCUACAAGGUCUACCUGACCCGCCAGUGCAUCCCUUACGUCAUCAACCAGGCCAGGGAAGCCAUGCUCCAGAUCAUCGAGUGGCGCUUUCUGGUGCGGGAUGAAGGUGAGAUGGAGGUGCCCACGGACCCCGCCUGGCAGGAGGAUGAGGAGCCAAUGCCCUGCAUCACAGAUUCCUGGGCGGAGGGCUCCGUGCCAGUCGUACAACCUGCACUGGAGUGUGAGGUGCUGCUAGCCAGACUGCUGGAUGAAGUCCCUGCCAUGGAAGAUGAAAAGGAGCCUGGCGGAGACACAGUGGUGGGUGUUGCUCCGGCACCUGGUGUUGCUCCGGCAGCCCUGCACACCCUACAGCAAGAGGCAGAGGCGGAGGAGCAGCCUUUGCCUGCCUCCUUGCCGGACAUCCAGACGCCCAAGACCCGCAGCAGCAGCAGCAGCAGCAGCAGAGUACGUCUCAGGGCCCCGGAGGAUCUCCCGCUGGUGAAGGAGGCCCCCUCCCCACCAGCCCCGCUGGGUUCAACCACCAAGCUGAGGGCCCACCCUCAGGACCAUGAGGGGUCGCCGCGGGCAGCCCGGUUAAGCUGCCCACUGAUGGGCCCGGAGAGCUCCGAGAAGAACCUGCUCCUCCUGCGGAAGCACUCCCAGUUCCCUGUAGUCGAGGAUGAGGAUGAGGAUAUGGGGCGACCCCACCUCCUGCCCCCCUCCUGCAGCAACCUGCUGCGGAUCCAGGUGGGCCGGCCCCCCAUUACCAAGGACGUCUUCUAUGACGAGCAUGGCCGCAUCACCAUGGUGCCUCGCCUGGACCCAGCCCGGCUGCCCAAGCACUGGAUCCGGCCCACUGUGGAGGUGGUGGACCCGGACGUGGAGUCCCGCCGGCAGGAAGCCCUGAAGACCGUCUCGGGACGCUGUACCCGGCGCUGGCGCUCCCGCCGCCACCCCGCCAAGGCCCCUGAAUUGGCUAGGAGGGGCACAGAGGUGGGCCCUGGAGCCAUCCUGCCUCCCGGGGUCCCUACAGUGCUGCUGUGGGAGGGUCCGGCCAGGGCCAUGCGGCAGCGUCUCUCAGAGCAAGUUGCCCACCGCCCGCCUCCCCCAGGGAGGGUCUUGGAGCCCACCGCCCUCUUCUUUGUCAAGCCCACCUUGCUGAUGGAGACGGUGGAACUGGCCCCGGGGGUCACUCUCCGCUGCAGCGGCAGCACCACCCAGCACCUCCCGCCGGUGGCUCCUCGGGAGGAGGUGAUGGCAGGAGAAGCCCACGGGGAGCUCCAUCUCCUCCGCCCACAGGUGACCUUCCCCAUGGCAGCCCUGGAGCAGAUGGCAGGCCCUCCUCAGCCCCUGCCCCGGCUUCACCCAGGAGCAAGUGCACGGCCAGGCUGCCCAUGUUAGGAGGCUGGGACCCCCAGGGCAAGAACCCCCUUGCCCGCUUGUAUUAACCCCCCCCCCCUUUGUGGAAUAAAAGGAAGGACUUUG